AAAAACAAAAGAGAAAGCCGAAAGCUCUCUUAUUACACACAUAACCUACAAAAAUGGAUCUAUCGUCACCACUUUCUCUCUCUAUUGUCUGAUUUUUCUGGCUCUUAACAAAACGCCACGUUUUGAUUAGCUUCUCCUUCUCCUUCUUACCCAGAAUUUUCUGCUUCGAUUGGUAAAUGAUUAGGCUUACCACGGUGCAAGAGUAGGAAGAUAAGGAUAGUUUUUCCUUGUCCUACGAAUGGCUUCUGUGGGUGUGGCACCUACUGGUUUGAGAGAAGCUAGUGGUCAUAAUGUUGGCGUGGAUAAAUUACCUGAGGAGAUGAAUGAUAUGAAAAUUAGGGAUGACAAGGAAAUGGAAGCAACAGUAGUUGAUGGUAAUGGUACGGAGACUGGUCAUAUUAUAGUUACAACUAUUGGUGGUAGAAAUGGCCAACCAAAGCAGACGAUAAGCUACAUGGCUGAGCGUGUUGUUGGGCAUGGAUCAUUCGGUGUUGUGUUCCAGGCAAAAUGCUUGGAGACAGGUGAAACUGUUGCGAUAAAGAAAGUUCUUCAGGAUAAGAGGUAUAAGAACCGGGAGCUGCAAACCAUGCGACUUCUGGACCACCCAAAUGUUGUUUCUUUGAAGCAUUGCUUCUUUUCAACUACUGAAAAGGAUGAGCUGUAUCUCAAUUUGGUUCUUGAGUAUGUGCCUGAAACUGUUCAUCGAGUGAUUAAACACUACAACAAGUUGAAUCAGAGGAUGCCACUUAUAUAUGUGAAACUGUAUGCAUACCAGAUUUUCAGGGCAUUAUCAUACAUCCAUUGUGCAAUUGGAGUGUGCCAUCGGGACAUUAAACCUCAAAACCUUUUGGUAAAUCCACACACUCAUCAGGUUAAAUUGUGUGAUUUUGGGAGUGCAAAAGUCUUGGUUAAAGGGGAGCCAAAUAUAUCAUAUAUCUGUUCUAGAUAUUAUAGAGCUCCAGAACUAAUAUUUGGGGCAACUGAGUACACGACAGCUAUUGACAUCUGGUCUGCUGGCUGUGUUCUUGCCGAGUUACUACUUGGACAGCCUCUGUUUCCUGGUGAAAGUGGAGUUGACCAGCUUGUUGAGAUUAUCAAGGUUUUGGGUACUCCAACAAGGGAGGAAAUUAAAUGCAUGAAUCCAAAUUAUACGGAGUACAAAUUUCCUCAGAUUAAAGCUCACCCAUGGCACAAGAUAUUCCACAAGCGGAUGCCUCCAGAAGCUGUUGAUCUAGUUUCAAGACUACUGCAAUACUCUCCUAACCUACGUUGCAAUGCUCUGUAUGCUUUGACCCAUCCCUUUUUUGAUGAGUUACGUGAUCCAAACACACGCCUGCCAAACGGACGUUUCCUUCCACCGUUGUUUAACUUUAAAUCUCAUGAAUUGAAGGGUGUCGCAGCUGAGACACUGGCAAAAUUGAUACCGGAGCAUGCAAAAAAGCAAUGUCCCUUUCUUGGAUCCUAAUAGGAAAUGAAAUGUGAAAUGUAACAGAACUUCCAUGUUAAAAUGUUGUCUGCGGUGGUCCCAAAUAUGGAAGCUACGGUGUUUGUCUCCUCUAUCUAUGCUAUUUGGUUCACUUUCUAUCUUAUUUUAAUGUGAUUUUGUUGUAUCACCUUGUUAUUAUGUAAAAGCAGAUUUAGAGACAAUUGUACUUGAUAUGAUGUUUUGCCCAAGCCUCCAUGGGUGGUCUGAUUACCCUUUGCUAUUCCUGUAUCAGGACAUAUUGUAACAUUACAAUAGCAGACUACGAUCAAAUGUCUUAUUUAUA